GAAGCAGUUGCAACAGGAGCAUCUACGAGCCUCUUGGUGCCAGUCGACUCCACCACCCUCCUGGUGCACCUCGUCCCUACUUCUUCCACUGUCCUGGAAAAGUCAUCGCGGAAGUAACGGCAAGAUGCGGAGAGUGAUGCUGGUACAGACUGCCGUACUGGUAACACUGAUGCUGGUAGUGGGAACAGUCAUCUCUCUGUGUCUCCGGCAUCGUAGCAGCAGCUGCACCAGAGAGCCACUCAGCCAUGAUGACUUGGUCGACGAGGUUGUACCCGCCUUCCCUUUGAAAACUCACAACCACAGCCACCACCCAGAGGAGGCGCUGCAGGAGACGCAGAAGGUGCGGGUGCUGUGUUGGGUGAUGACUCGUCCAGAGACACACCACAGCAAGGCCGUCCACGUCAAGGCCACCUGGGGCGCCCGCUGUGACAAGCUUAUCUUCAUGAGCUCCAAGAAUGACACUCAACUUGGGACUAUCGACCUUGGUCUUGGUGAGGGGAGGAACGUGUUGUGGGGCAAGACAAAGGCAGCCUUCACCUACGUCUACAACAACUACUUGACUCAAUACGACUGGUUCUUUAAGGCCGACGACGACACGUACGCCAUCAUGGAGAACAUGCGCUACAUGCUUUCUCUGUACGACCCCAACUUCCCCAUCUACUUCGGCUCAAGGUUCAGGAAGUUCACCAAGCAAGGCUACAUGAGUGGAGGUGGAGGGUACGUGUUGAGCAGGGAGGCCUUGAAGCAGUUUGUGGAGGUGGCGCAGCCUGACAAGAAGCUCUGUCAGCAGGAUAACACUGGCGCCGAGGAUGCUGAGAUGGGAAAGUGUCUAGACAAUAUUGGAGUUGUGGCCGGAGACUCCCGGGACAACAUGGGUCGAGGCCGCUUCUUUCCCCUCACCCCCAGCACGCACCUCUUCAAUGGCGUCCCUAACUGGUACCUCGACUACGUCUACUACACGCCCGACACGGGCCUCAACUGCUGCUCAGACUCGGCUGUGACCUUCCACUACGUUGAUACCCAGUUGAUGUACUUGAUGGAGUACCUGUUGUACCACCUGAGGCCCCACGGUCUCCACCCCAACCACCCCGUUCCGGUACCUCUUCCUCCGGACCUAGACAGCAUACAUCCCCAGAUGCUUAUGAACCGAGGUGUAACAACGUCAACUGCAGGAACGAAGCAGGAAACAGCAGGAAUGAAUAAAGAAGAAUCAGGAAGUAAGCCGGAAAUAAGCAGGUUGUAAGCAGGAACGAAGCGGGAAGUAAUAUGGAGGGAUAAGAAUGAAGCAGAGAUGGAGCAGGAAGAAACGAAGGGGACAUACAAAGAUGAGGAAGCAGUAGAAAUGUAGAUGAAAAUAUGAACUGAGCAAGAAGCAACAGGAAAGAAGCUGACAGAAUAAGAUGUUGAGUAACAAGAAACAAGUAACAUUAACUAAGGAAAUAGUAUAACGCAGCAGGAGUAACAGGGAUGUAUCAGGAAGUAACAAAAACGGAGCAGAGAGGAGCACAAUGAUCUAUGCUCACCUAAAAAAACAUGCAGUGCAAAUUAUUAUUAAAAGAGAGAGAGAGAGAGAGAGAGAGAGAGAGAGAGAGAGAGAGAGAGAGAGAGAGAGAGAGAGAGAGAGAGAGAGAGAGAGAGAGAGAGAGAGAGAGAGAGAACGCUUUCUGUAUCAGAGUGGUAGAAAGCUUACAACCAAUUUCAGCCUGUGUUCGUGACUUUGGUACCGAUCCUUUAAUGUUUGCUCCUGUUUACCUAGCAGUAAUUGGAGACGUGGCUUUGAACCCACUGCCAGAUUUUGUUCGCAGGGGAAAACUACUGGGGCAAGGCUUAAGAUGAUCUACGGGAAGUUAAAGCCUUAAAGUCUACUAGUAUGAGUCAGAAGUCGUCUGCUCCUGUACCCACCUGCAAAGAAGAGAGCACAGAGAGAGACAUAGAGGGAUAUUACAUUAUUGUACAUUGUGAAUGUUCACCGGGUACAAAUUUCAUAACCCUGUUUUGACUGUUGAUAACUGCACCCAGCAUAGAGUUAAUGUGCAUCACUGUGGAACAAGACAGAUAUGUUGACCAGACCACUCACUAGAAGUUGAAGGGACGACGACGUUUCGGUCCGUCCUGGACCAUUCUCAAGUCGAUUCCCCCGUAUUCAAUCGACUUGAGAAUGGUCCAGGACGGACCGAAACGUCGUCGUCCCUUCAACUUCUAGUGUGUGGUCUGGUCAACAUACUUCAGCCACGUUAUUGUGACUCAUCGCCUGCAAGACAGAUAUGUGAAUGCUAUCAAUUAUUCGUUGACAUUUUGAACCAAUCACACAUUUUUUUAAACAUAUUUCCCGACAAGUUGAUGUUUCAGCAAUGAGAUCAAGAGAUUAUAUAAGGCAUCCGGCUUAUAAAUGAUUUCAGCUUCCCCCCCCCCCCCCCCCGCCACCUUUUCCUUUAUGGCUGUAAUGAAACAUCAAAUACAGCAUGCUAUUACAUAAAGCAUGUUACUAGGUCAAUAUCUAAAGCCUGGCUUUCAAAUAAGCUGAUGUAAGACAACAGAUAUUAGCUUACAAAACUCUCAUUUUAAUUUUAAUGCUGAGGUCAAAUAUUAAUGUUAUGAAGACUGACGUCAGUAGAAUAUGACAAAAUAUUACACUUUUGUCACGUGGGACGCUUGCUUCUAUCAUCUGAAUAAAACAUCUGAAACUUCCAUUAUAUUUCUAAAUAAAUACAAUAAUGUAUAAAUAAUUAAAAUUUAUGAAAACAGACAAUCAUGGUGAGUUGAAUUGACAUAAAAACAGAGAAGGAAAAUAGUUAAAUAACGAAAUACAACAGACUGAAAGUGAAUAAUGAGGUGUGGAGAUAAUACAUAGGCCUUGAAAUUGUAUUUAGACUUUUGUCUUUAUCUACGGGCAUGAACUGGAGUCCAGGACGAAACAGAAAGCACAUCCUGGAACAGAAAUAGUUAUACUUGACAUGAAAUGGAACAAAAGGGGGAGCUGCCUUGUAUGGGCCAAUAGGCCUUCUGCAGUUACCUUUGUUCUUAUGUUCUUAUGUUCUUAAAAUAAGCGUAAGAAAAUAUAGCAUUGCAGAAUAACAUGAACCAAAUGCAAAGGUGAUGGCUAUAUUGAGUUUUGCUACUCAGGUCAAAUAACAGUGUAGCCAUUGGUCAAUAACAGUUUAUAUUCUCAGUAAUUAUAAUCUAUAGAUAAAAUACUUGUGUCCAGGAAAACUCAGUAAAGUCUUCUUCGAAUACCUUUUAUUCUCUUCUGCGAGGCUAUGGGUCACCACAAUUGUACCAGAGGUGGUGCACGCGUAUAUACAGUAUUAAAAUAAUACUUUUUAUAAAAUG